AUUGGCGUUUGUUUCCUCCCGGGCGCUAUGUAGUGCGACACCGCCACAACCGGUUGCCAAGCAACCGAGGACAACUACGCGGGAUAUGGCCAAGUUCGUGCUGGCAGGCAGAGCGGACUGUCCGCACUUCGCCAAGGCGGAGCUCCUCGCGGACACGCUGCACGGGAACCUGCCGGACUUCCACGUCCACAAGGUGCGCGUACACCCCAGGGACUGGCAGCAAUGGCUGGAGGUCACCUGUAAGGAGAACAGCUGGAAGCACGAUCGCUCCCCCAUCGUGUGGAGGGAGCUGAUCAACCGGGGAGGCCGAGGUCUAUUACUGGGUGGAUUCAACGAGUUUCUGGAGCACGUCCAGGGUUACUAUGGCCUCACCUCAGACAUGACCACUGAGCUGAUGAUGAAGAUCUCAGCUGAGAAUCUGCAGACAACAGAGCAGUGCUUGGAGGAGGAGGUCCACUACGGCAGCCUGAUGCAGCCGCUGCACAUCUGGAUCACCAGUGCUCUCAGCCUCACCUGCUACAACUUGAUUCCCUUGUUAUUUGGCCCUGGGGUGUUCCGAGAUGACCCUGCCAUCAGCCUGCACUUGCUGGAAGUGGACGGGAGCCAGGAGGCCUUGGAUGGUCUCAGAAUGGAGGUCGAGGACAUGGCUCUGGCUCAGCUGCGUAAGGUGAUGGUUCACACGACGCUGGAGCAGGCGUUCCAGAACGCCCGUGUCAUCGUUGCUCUGGACGACCCAGAGCCAGAGCAGCAGAGCGACGUAGAGAGCAAAGUGCGGAAGACUGCAGAGCGCUUUCAGAAGUACGGGCAGCUCAUCGGAGCGAUGGCGCACAAGGAGGUGCGAGUCAUCGUGGCAGGAAACUCCUUCGUCAAUCUGAAGUGUGCCACACUGCUGGAGAGCGCUCCGUCCCUGAGUCACAAGCAGUGUGUGGUUAUGGCGACCCAGCUGGAGAAAGUGGCCACUUUCCAGAUUGUGCAGAAGUUAAACGUGACGGCUGCAGAUGUCACCAAUGUGAUUGUCUGGGGGAACAUCACUGGCAACUUCCAUAUAGACCUCCAGAGAGCCAAGGUGUUCCGGUAUCAAGGGGCCAUCUGGGGACCCCCAGGAUUUUCCCGGCCAGUUGUAGACGUUUUAUAUGACCGUAAAUGGCUUGAGGUGGACUUCCCUGCCCUUCUGGGCUCCCACCGCGAGACUCUGGUAAGCAAGACUAGGAGGGAACCGGCGCUCUCCGCAGCCAAUGGGAUCAUUGCUGUUCUAAGGGCCUGGAACUACGGCUCAUCCCCAGGGGAGGUCCUUUCACUCGGCGUUCCCAGUACAGGGCAGUUUGGCAUCCCUGCUGGUCAGGUGUUCUCCGUGCCCGUGCUCUUCCAGAGCGGAACCUGGGAGGUGCCGACCGACAUAGUCAUUGAUGAAGAGCUGAGGGGCAAACUGGAGGCUGCUGUCGAACAGCUCAGAGAGGAAAAGGAAACUGCAUCAAGAUAUAUCAAGAGCCCAAAAUAGAAGCAAAAUGGAAAGACUUUUUUUCUACAUCGGUUUAGAUAAAUUUAAAUAUUGCUCAAUAAAUUAUUGUUGCUGAGAUUCCCCAAAAUGUACCUACUUUACGUGUUUGGGGAGUGAGAACUUUUUUUUAUUUUUUGGAGGAUCUUUACAGCUUUGGCAACACUGUCGCAAACUUAGCAAGUGCAUUGACUUCCCAAAUCCACUCUCCUACGUGCACUAUGUUCAAAAUGCUUUAUGUAUUUAUUUUUAAAAAUAA